UCUCAUACGUACCGGUAGCUCCGCUAUCCAUGCUCUGACAACGAAAAUAUGACAGCCACAACCACCUCCAUCCAAUUGGUAUCGUACCAUAGUAACCUCUUCAUCAAGACUAAGUGGUCUUGUAGUAUCAGGAGCUCUGUCAUCGAACUCCAGAGCAGAGCAGCUAUAGUGGUACCUCUGUUGUUUUCCUUCCAAUCCUCACCAAACUGGUCAAGGCCUCAUCGAGAAAGAAAAGAGUCUCGAUCCAAAAGACGCACUACCCAUUGAUAGCUUCCUCCGCAUCCCCAAGUAAAAGAGUUUCAAAAAUGGCCUACAUGCCCAAGGGAUAUUCUAACGAUGACGACUAUGAUUCGCAAGAUGAUGAGAGCGUCGCCAUCAGUGUAGAUAUUGAUUCAGAAUUUGAAGGAAGUGAAGCCAGCGAAGAAGAAGAGGAAGACGAUCGCCGUCACAGACGAGGAGGAGGUGGCCGUGGUAAAGGACCUCCACAACGAUCCAAAUCCUUUCAAGAGGAUCACCUACGGGGAAGUCGCAGUGCUGGUCAAAGAAGCGACUCUCAUCAUGGACGAGAAGGAGGCCGUCGCCCACCCCCACGCAGCAAUACGUUUGAUGGUGGUCACAAUUCCAUGCGAUCCCUCGGUGGACCCCGCAUGACCCGUCGGGAAAAUUCCAAGACAAAAAUGGAUAAGGAAGCAAUUGCCAGCAAUCGAGCACGUCGAUUGAGAGCCAUGGGAGAAGGUACUGGUGGAAGCAGGGUACAGUUGUUGCGACGUUCUCAAUCCUUCAAGGGGGAUAAAAAGUCCGGUGCUUCCUUGACAAAAGAGGAAGACGAAGAAGAAAAAAAGAAAGAUCGUCGUGCACCCCGACGACCCAAGGAGUCUGCAGCAUUACCAGAGGAAGAACAACAAUAUGCACGUACCGCGGCUCGUGGAGUGACACGCAGCAAGUCACUCAAAGCAGAACGCCCAAAUCUCAACAAACAAUCCAGCCAAGUCAUGAGUCGUUUGAGUAAAAUGAAGGGUGCUGGACCCAGCAAGGAAGGACCCCCCAGUCGGUAUCGUACCAGAGAGAGUAAGAGCAAAGAUGGAGAUUCAGAAGCCAAAAAAGAAUCCGCAGCAGCAUCACCCAAGGGCGUCGCAUUGCAGUGGUGAGGAACAAGAGGAGGAAAGGAGAAUAUUGCAGAUUUCAAAGGGUUGCAGGAGAAACAACUCUCUGCAAGUUGUAUUAUUGGAGUCGAGUCUAUACGAUGCAACUACAAAAUUGACACUGUCUCUAUACUGCGAGGACUAGGGUCAUGGAAUACGGUACUUUGUAGGGCAGACUGUUUUUGGAGCACGCUGGGCGCUUUAUGCAAUGAUUAUGCAUCACAUGCCAAGAGGCAGUGUUCAGUGGCCAAAACCAACAAAAAGUAAAGCGCAACCAUGCUAGCUAGAGAUAAAUGAAUAGUGAGACACCUGGAUGAAGCUACUUGUUGGAUUAUAAUGUACUCGUCCCAGAAAUGACACGGAAUUGAGCUUUAC